AGAAACUGCAGCUGAGACUGCAGUCCUUGUAGCUGACGCCGCCCGGGCGUUCUUCCGAGCCCACCGGCCGUGGGUGCCGCCUCUGCCUGGAGUAGUCUCGGCGCUUCCUGGCGGACGGAGCGGAGAGACCCUGUCCAUCAAGGAGGGGCCCCUGCAGUCCCCGAUGCGGCCGGAGGGCGCGGGGAUGGACCUCGGCGGCUGCGAGGAGCGCCUGCCGGAGGAGAGCCGGAGGGAGCAUUGGCAGUUGCUGGGUAACUUGAAGACUACAGUGGAGGGUUUGGUGUCAGCCAACUGUCCCAAUGUCUGGUCUAAGUACGGUGGCCUGGAGCGUCUUUGCAGGGACAUGCAGAGCAUUCUCUAUCAUGGGCUCAUCCAUGACCAGCUGUGCUGCCGCCAAGCUGAUUACUGGCAGUUUGUGAAAGAUAUCCGGUGGCUCAGUCCCCACUCAGCCCUCCAUGUUGAGAAGGUAGGAGCGAGAGAAGUGCUGCUUUGCUGGGAUGUGGUGUUCAUCAGCUUGCAUGAGAAUGGCCAGAGCAGUGCUGACGGCGUAAGUGAGCGUGCUGUUGCAGAGCUGUGGCUGCAGCACAGCUUGCAGUGCCACUGCCUGUCUGCCCAGCUGCGGCCUCUGCUUGGGGACAGGCAGUACAUCAGAAAGUUCUACACAGAAAGCGCUUUCCUGCUAAGUGACGCACAUGUCACAGCCAUGCUCCAGUGCCUAGAAGCCGUGGAACAGAACAACCCUCGCCUCCUGGCUCAGAUUGACGCAUCUAUGUUUGCCAGGAAGCAUGAAAGCCCAUUGCCGGUUACAAAGAGCCAGAGCCUGACAGCUCUGCCAGGUUCCACAUAUACCCCUCCAACCAGCUAUGUUCAACAUGCCUACUUUGGGUCCUCCUCCAGCCUCCACCAGUCCGUGCCCAGCUACAGCUCAGAGAGAAGAUCUACUUCCUUUUCACUCUCUGGCCCUCCUCGGAAACCUCAAGAAGGCAGAGAACACCUCUCACCAGCAGAGAACCAAACUGUCCAAGCCUUGCUGCUUUCAGACUCUACACUAGCCCAGGGUUCCCCACUGACCCUAAACGAGAAGAGUCCCAGCACUCUGACCAGCCCCAUGGAGGCUUCCUGGGUCAGCAGCCAGAAUGAUUCCCCGCGAGAUGCCAGUGAGGGGCCCGAGUACCUGGCCAUCGGCAACCCAGACCCCGGCGCCCGGGCCUCACGCUGUCAGAGUCGCAGCAGCAGCAGCAGCAGCAGCAGCACCGAGAGUAGCAGCUCUAAUUUGUUCUCUUCCAGCAGCUCCCAAAAGCUGAAUUCUGCUGCUGCUUCUUUAGGAGACCAAGAGUCAGGUAGGCAGAGUCACCCAGCCGGUGUCCUUCGCAGGUCAAGCUUCUCAGAAGGGCAGACAGUCACUGUCCCCAGCGGAACGAAGAAGAGUCAUAUCCGCUCCCAUUCAGAUACCAGCAUUGCCUCCAGAGGAGCCCCAGGAGGCCCCAGGAAUAUCACCAUUAUAGUUGAAGAUCCCAUUGCAGAGAGUGGUCAGUACCUGUGCUCAGGAGAAGGCAUGUUUCGAAGACCAUCAGAAGGACAGUCCCUCAUCAGCUACCUCUCUGAGCAAGACUUUGGCAGCUGUGCAGACCUGGAGAAGGAAAAUGCCCACUUUAGUAUCUCAGAGUCCUUGAUUGCUGCCAUCGAGCUAAUGAAAUGCAAUAUGAUGAGCCAGUGCUUAGAAGAGGAGGAGGUAGAGGAGGAAGAUAGUGACAGAGAGAUCCAGGAGCUGAAGCAGAAGAUCCGCCUUCGGCGCCAGCAGAUCCGCACCAUGAACCUGCUCCCUGCGUACCAGGAGACAGAGCACGGCAGCUUUCAGGUUACCUCCAGCAGCUCCCAGUUUAGUUCACAUGAUUCUGCACAGUUCUCUGACUCUGGAUCUGCUGAUGAAGUCAAUGAAUUUGAAAUACAAGAUGCUGACGUAGGAAGAAGCACAGCCUCAAACAGCAAAUCCUCCAUCUCCUCCCAGAACUUCUCCCAUUGCUUUCUGCAUUCCACAUCUGCUGAGGCAGUGGCUAUGGGACUUCUGAAGCAGUUUGAAGGGAUGCAGCUUCCAGCGGCCUCGGAGCUGGAGUGGCUAGUCCCAGAGCACGACGCGCCUCAGAAGCUCCUGCCUAUUCCUGAUUCACUGCCCAUCUCGCCAGAUGAUGGGCAGCACGCAGACAUCUAUAAGCUGCGUAUCCGUGUUCGUGGCAACCUGGAGUGGGCUCCACCUAGGCCUCAGAUAAUUUUUAAUGUUCAUCCAGCUCCAACGAGGAAGAUUGCUGUAGCCAAGCAGAAUUACCGCUGUGCAGGAUGCGGCAUCCGAACUGAGCCUGAUUAUAUCAAGCGGCUGCGGUACUGUGAGUACCUGGGCAGGUUCUUCUGCCAGUGCUGCCACGAGAACGCCCAGAUGGUCAUCCCCAGCCGGGUGUUGCGCAAGUGGGACUUCAGCAAGUACUAUAUCAGCAAUUUCUCCAAGGACCUGCUCCUUAAGAUCUGGAACGACCCACUCUUCAAUGUGCAGGACAUCAAUAGUGCCCUUUAUAGGAAGGUCAAGCUGCUCAAUCAAGUCCGGCUGCUGCGGAUUCAGCUGUGUCACAUGAAGAACAUGUUUAAGACAUGCCGACUGGCCAAAGAGCUUUUGGAUUCCUUUGACACAGUCCCAGGCCACCUGACAGAGGAUCUCCACCUAUACUCGCUGAACGACCUGACAGCUACCAAGAGGGGAGAGCUGGGGCCCCGGCUUGCCGAGCUCACCAGAGCAGGGGCUUCCCAUGUGGAGCGAUGCAUGCUCUGCCAAGCCAAGGGCUUCAUCUGUGAGUUCUGCCAGAAUGAGGAUGAUGUCAUCUUUCCUUUUGAGCUGCACAAGUGCCGGACCUGCGAAGAGUGCAGAGCGUGUUACCAUAAAGCUUGCUUCAAGUCUGGACGCUGUCCUCGGUGUGAGCGGCUGCAGGCCCGGCGGGAGUUGCUGGCCAAGCAGAGCCUGGAGUCCUACAUGUCAGACUAUGAGGAGGAGCCCAGUGAAGCCUUGGCACUGGAAGCCACUGUCCUGGAGACCACCUGAGGAGUGCACACUAAGGCCUUUAAGAGACUAGGGUUACACAUGAUGCAGAACUGAGCCACACUUUCAAGGACUUCCCCCCUUGGGGGCCUUUAAAAAAAUUAUUCUUUUUUUUUUUUUUUAUUAUUACUUGUCUAACGUCCAAGUCAUUCGACCUUUGUUAGGUUGAUGGGUCCAGUGUGUUGUGACAGAUAUGUGCAGGCACCAGGUGUUUCCGUCAGAAUUUAAACAUGGGUCCUUCAGUGAGGCGUCUGGCGCCUCUUGUCCGGGGAGUGCCUGGGAGACUCGGUGCUGUCCUCCCCAGGACCAGAUCUGCCUCUAGCUGCUGAGCCAGGCCUCCUCCCACCAGCUCUUCUCCUCUGCUGCCGACAGGAGAUGGAGCUUGCUCUCCCAGGCCUGAGAGAGACAAGAAGCCAAGCCAAGAGAAUGGCACUACAUUGUGGGCAUUUUGCCCAAUUUACUUAGGUAUUUGGGGGAGGGUGUGCUCACCAACAGAAGCAGUACUGCCCAGAAUCCUGAGACCUCAAGGAGGCAGCCAUGACUUUCCAUGACCUUGCAAUCUCUUAGGCAUUCAUGAUGGCCUAAACUGGCUCUAUGUACUCUGGUGGGCUUGAAGCUCUUAAUGAGCAUAAGCGAGGCAUAAGCCAGGUUGUGUAGCCUUUGCCAAAAGCAUGAUUGAGGCUACAGCCAUUCCUCAAGGAGCAUUUAUUCAGACCGAGGAGCUGCCAGCCUCCCCUUGGUUGUUCAGUCUCUCGGUUCACCUGGCUUUUGAGUACAGGCAUGCUCCUUCAAGCUCAGGCAAGUCUCCGUUGCCAACUCGAGGUGAGAGCAAACCCCACCCACCAUCAUUAAUGGGUUCCUUACUGAACUGUCCUGAGUUGGCCACUGAUCCGUCACCGCUCUGCUCCCGUCCUCCAGCAGAGCUGAGAGAGCCCUGCUGGCUAAUCUCAUGCCUUCGUUCAUUUUCUCCAUUUGGAAGCAACCUUCCACUAUUGGCAGCAUUGGAGAACUUAGCUCUGAAUGUGAACAUUCUGCUUUCUUGAGAUAACAAGAGCCUUUAUACCAUUUAUGCACUUAACUCUUUAUCUAGCCUGGUUAAUAUAUGUUAAAUCAUUCUUUUCAUAUUUCUGAUUUUAACAUGCUUUCCCCAUAAUUGAAUGUGUGGCUUGGUGGGAAAAGUUCUUGGCCUGGGCCAGGUAUGUUUGUGGUUCCCUUUAAUUUAUUAUGGCUCCUAACCUCCCGUGAAACACUGGUCAGGGCAGCUCUGUGAACGGGAGUCCAUGGUGGUUUUGUUCUGGAAUGGGCUUCUUUCUGUGUACCUGUCUUCCCACAGUUGGUUGUCAGAGGGAAAAUGUCGGCCUGGGCACAGGCCCAAGAAGCCAAGCAGAAAGUUGCACAUGGUUGGUGGAAGCUGAUAAGUACCUGAAUGGAGGAAGCAAGGGGUCUCCCAGUGAGUGGGGGGUGGGGGGCACGCUUUGCAGUAACAGCCAAAGGCUCUGCCUCAUGCUUAGGAGCUGACGGCGGUGUUGGGCUGCGGCGCUUAAUCAGACACAGGAGCUGCUGGCCGCUUCUUGGGCGCAGCUCUGAAAGCCAAGGCCACGCCUGUUUUGAAAGGCUGAUGAGAAAUCAUGGCAUCUCUGAAGGAGCUUUGAGAAUGACCCUUGAAAUGCAGAUGUCACUACACGUUAGGGUUUGUAAGAAUGAUCAACUCCGCUUUCGACGUGGGUCUAAAUUUCCACUCCAGCUGCGUACUCCAAGUCACUACACUGGAGGAGAGCAUGCCGUCUUGUUCUCCUGCCUGUUUCCUAUCAACAUGGGGUGAAAACUGAGCUCAAGUCUUACAUGCGCCUGGCCUUUCUCUCCUCCUUCACCUCCUCCUCGCCUUCCCUCUAGAUUCUAUCUGUCUUAGUACCCCUGACUGACCCUGUGCUGCCGUUACUGUCCAAAUGCCUCUUUAUUUAUUUUUAGGGGAGUGGGGGAGAGAGGGCCUAAGAGGGGUGUUUUGAAAGCACUUUGCAAUUUAACCAUAUCUGAAAGUCCCCCACUGUUGUGGGAGAAGCUUCUAUAUGCACUGAAGGGAGUUCCUUCUGAGUGAGGCGGGAGGGAGGAAGCAUUCCUGACUGUACCCAAAGGGAAAAGGAGUUUGCUAACAAGGCGAAGACAAAACUCCGCACAUUGCAGAGAAGCAGAACUCCAGUUUCCACUUGAAUGAGGCUGUUAAUGACUUCUCUGCCAAGGUUGUAGAGCUUUUGUUAAAUUAACAUAAAGGAGUAACCGGAGAUGUCGUGUUUGUGUACAACUUGUGUCUUAAACUGGGUUUUUACUUGCUGUAAUUCUUGGACAGCUUAACCGUUCAUAAUCCUCUUUAAUAAACUAAGGAAAUUAAAUCCUGCCAUUUA